GUAGAAAAACUGUCAGACAAUAGUUGAACUUCUCAUUUUCUGGUUAUGAAAACAUAUAUGCACUUUAAAAGAGACACAGCGGCACGCCUCGUCGGACUUUUAAUUUUCACCCGUCUUUACUGACUGCUUAUCGUUCACAUCUCAGACCACAUGAGAUGGAAAACGGCACACUGGGGCUACUUGAUGAUGUUGAGACCCGGUGGGAGAACGUCGAGUGCAAACGCUAUGAAAUUUGCCGCGUCAUCUCUCCGGCGAAGCUCACUCCCUACCUUCGACAGUGCAAAGUGUUGGAUGAGCAAGAUGAAGAUGAGAUUCUCAACUCCCUGUUGUUGGUCUCCAAAGCAAACCGCACAAGUCGCCUUCUUGACAUCCUCCACUCCAAGGGAGAAAGGGGAUAUGUGGUGUUUUUGGAAAGCUUGGAAUUUUACUAUCCUGAGCUCUACAAACAGGUUACAGGGAAGAAUCCCACUCGUCGCUUUUCCACAAUUGUAGUCGAGGAGGGUCAUGAAGGUCUGACCCAGUUUUUGAUGGAUGAGGUGGUGAAGCUGCAGCAGCAAUAUAAAGUUAAGACCCUGCAGCACGUUGAGCUCAGCAGGAAGAACUGCACCCUGGAGGAUGAGCAGAAGAAACUGCGGCUUGUAAACCAGGAACUUCAGACUUCACAGCAGAGGUACAACAAAAUGAAAGAAGAAAGAAACACUUACAAUGACGAGCUACUUAGAAUCAAGGAUGAGAACUACAAACUGGCCAUGAGAUACGCCGCUCUGAGCGAGGAGAAGAACUUAGCAGUGAUGAGGAGCAGAGACCUUCAGUUGGAGAUUGAUCAGUUUAAGCACAAGCUAAACAAGAUGGAGGAAGAGUGUAAAAUGGAGCGGAAGCAAAGUCUCAAGCUGCAAAAUGACAUUGAAAAUCGGCCCAAGAAGGAGCAGAUCCUAGAGCUCGAGAGGGAGAAUGAGACUCUUAAGAUCAAACUACAGGAGCUGCAGUCGUUCAUCCAGCCUGGUCCCCUGUUUACAUCGGACAAAGACAUCCUUGACAUCUUGGAGCAUGAUCGACAGGAAGCGAUUGAAGACAGACAAGACCUCGUCAAUCGCCUCUACAAUCUCCAUGAGGAAGUCAGACAGGCAGAAGAACUACGAGACAAGUACUUGGAAGAGAAGGAGGACCUGGAACUGAAGUGCUCCACGUUACAGAAAGACUGCCAAAUGUAUCGCAACCGAAUGGACACCAUCACCAUGCAGCUCAAGGAAGUGGAAAAAGAGAGGGACCAGGCCUUUCGGGCCAGAGACGAUGCCCAGCACCAAUUCUCCCAGAGUCUGAUUGACAAAGACAAGUAUCGCAAGCAGAUUAGAGAGUUGGAGGAGAAAAGUGAUGAGCUCCAGAUUGAGAUGGUGCGGAAAGAAGCCCGGCUGGUCACACUAGAGUCUCGCCUGCGACGGAUCUCCAAGGACAUUGCCUUAGAUCAAAGCCUACCAAGGGAUUUAGCCCCGGCAAUCCUCUGUCAACAAGAGAGUAAACCUGCCCAGAGUCUUUUAGAAUGGUCAAGUGAUGAGUCACCAGAGGAGAGGAUUUUCCCUGAAGAGUCCCGCCUAAGACGCAGACCCAAUCUGAAAGCAGUGAACAGAGCCAAGUCUCCUAUCUGCAUACCCAAAGACCUUCCAAUUAACAUAGAGGCUGUUCAUCCUGCUGCAGCCAAUGUGGGAGACCUUCUUGAAAUUCAGAUGAAAAACAUGCCAGCCAACAGCAACUCCCUCCCUCCUUCCCCCAGUUUCCCCCCCGUAUUGCCUACGUAUCCCAACAACUCAACCCCCGCCCUCAUUUCGUCCUCCUCUUCUCUAUAUCAUCCCACGACUGAACAGUCGAAUCGGCCGAAUAUGAUGCGGAACCGCAAUGACAGCAUUCAAUCCACGCAGCCAGAGCCCCCCGAGAAAGCAUCGCUGUACCGAAGAAAAAGGGAGAACGAAAACGAUUUCCAGCCCCGCAGCCUCUCGGACUUUGACAGCGACAAUAUGGAAUUGGAAUUUGAAGAAGAAGUGAGGCGUGGUCCAUCAUCUGUCCACUCGUCUUCCUCGUCCCAUCAGUCAGAAGGCAUGGACGCUUAUGACAUUGAGCAAGUCAACAAUAUCUUCAGAAAACUUUCUUUAGAAAGGCCAUUUCGUCCGUCUCUGUCCUCCUUGUCUAGUAUCCGCUCGACAAUGAAGCCUGUGCAGGAGUUUACAUUACUGGGUGAAAAUCUGCUGAACGACACCACUCUUGUUGGCGGCAAUGACAGUGGGAUUUUCAUCUCAUCUGUCCAGCCGGGCUCUGUCGCAGAGAAGACUGGGUUGCGCGAAGGUCAUCACCUCUUAUUGCUUGAAGGCCACAUACGUGGAGAGAACCAGAGAAUAUCAUUGGAAAUCAGCACCCAGGAGGAAGCUUACUGGGUGCUGCAGCACUGCUCUGGACCAAUCAGGUUGCACUAUAGAGCUAAUUUUGACAUUUACCGUCGUCUUCAGUGGGACCUCGCAGAAGGUAAACGGUUUUCUGGAGACUCCUUCUACAUCCGGGUGAACCUCAAUAUCUCCAGCCAUCUGGACAAUUGCUCGCUGAGUGCGCAAUGUGAUGAGGUAGUCCAUGUUCUGGACACAAAACAUCAAGGGCUAUGCGAGUGGCUGUGUGCCCGCGUUGACCCCUACAGCGGGUGCGACCUGCAAGAACGUGGAACUCUGCCUGGCAAUUCACGGGCUCAGCAACUCCUUCUUGUAAAGAUACAGAAGUUGAUGUGUCGAGGCGGAAGAGAAGAAAAUGAAAUUCAGCGCAACGUAAGGAACAAUUUGCUGCCAGAAGAAGGCAGCCCGUCUUCUGACCCCAAAGCCAGCCCACGCAUGUCGAGAGCGAGCAUCUUUCUCACCCAGAUCCUGCAGCUCGUCAGCAGAGCAGAAACUAAAUACAAGCGACUCAACAGCAAUGAGCGUGUGAGGAUCAUAACCUCCAAUUUCUCAACACUCCCCAAACAAGGCUUAGACACAUUAAAAGCAGAAGUAGACGCCACCGAUUCUGAGGGGGAGAUGAGCAGAAAUUUGAAUCUGAUCCCCUACAGCCAUGUCACCCCCCGAUGGACUGAGAGGAGGAGACCGGUACUCUUCACGCCCACAGCUUUAGCCAAAACACUUUCACAGAAAUUAGUCAACAUGGGGGGCGCCGUGGACUUUAGUGUGUGCAAACCAGACAUUUUAUCCAAAGAGGAAUUUAACCACAAACCGGGUGCAGACUGCUACGUUUACUUCAAAGAAAAAGGUGCCUCUUUCGAAUUCAUCACCAGGGAGAGUUUGGAGGCCAUCACUGCAAAGGGCAAACACUGCCUACUGGACGCCGAACUGAGCUGCGUCAAAAACCUACUGAGGAUGGAAAUGUACCCAAUCAUCAUUUUUGUCAAGAUCUGUGAAAAAAAUGUCAAGAAGCUGCGGAAAUUGCCACUGCGCCUAGAGUCAGAGGAGGAGUUUCUGAAGUCAUGCAGGCUGAAAAAGAAGGAGCUGGAGGGUAUUCCGUGUCUCUACGCGAGCCUCGAGCAAGAUGCCUGGCCAGGGACAGAUGACCUCAUCAGAGUUGUCAAAGAGCGGAUAUUUGAAGAGCAGAAGAAGACUGUGUGGGUGGAGGAGAAUCUCCUGUAGGCACCAAUAACAUUUCUUAUGACUGAGGGUACGAGGAAAGAAACGUAUGGUUGAACCGCAAAACCAAAAUAGCGUUAACUUUAUACAGUACAUGCCUCGUAUUUAAUGUUCAAUUAACCCUUGCAUUCAUAUAAACCCUUGCAUUCAUGAAUUAUAGACAUAUAUACAGUGCCCUCCAUAAUUAUUGGCACCCCUGGUUAAGAUGUGUUUUUUAGCUUCUAAUAUUUGUUUUAAAUUCAAAUAAUAUGGGACCUUAAU